GUGGCUGGUGACCAGGUACAAGUAGAGAGAGAGAGUUCCAUCCCGCUUCUCCGAUACCUUCUUAAAUUCUCAAAGCUGUACCCUGCCCUGUCAGCGACGACAGCCCACAGAAAGACAGAGAAACCAAGGCGAAAAACAAAACCGAAGCCGAAGCGCACCGAAGAUGGAGAAGUAAGGAGAAAUGCCAAUCCAAUCUCCGCCUUUGAAUCCGGUCCUUUAUUGCUCUCUCUCAGUAGGAAGGCUUUGAAGGCUCGAGCGAGAGCAAAAAGAGAGGAAAGGAGGGAGCUUUUAAUCUGGACCUCGACAAUUAAUACGGGGGAUGGUCCGGGGGGAAUCCACAGGGAUUGCUGGCGAUAUUUCCGGUGCCAGCAGCGCCGGUUGCCAAAUUUGGGCUCUCCCAGAGCCCGAACCCAGAUAAGCUCCCAGCGAGACCGGGGAAGGAGGGAGGAAUAAGAUCGAUAACGACAAAGCUGCCCAACGAGAGUGGUGCCACUGCCCCGAGCCUCUCGCUGGGCAGCAGCGCCGCUGCCUUGACACCGGAUUCGCCCAUGUAUAUAAGGCUGGAUGGGUCCUCGAGGACGCCCUCUAGAAUGUUUUGGGACUGUAGUGGGGUGCCCUUCUAGGAAAAGGGCCGAUUUUUCGAGGCGGAGGAGGCCAAGGGAAUGGAUUGCGGGGACGAGCCAGAGAUGCCCGAGCAGCAGGGAGGCAAAAGACGAUGCCAACGGCACACGCCGAAACAGAUUCAAGAGCUGGAAGCGAUGUUUAAGAUAUGCCCUCACCCGGAUGAGAAGCAGAGGAUGCAGCUAAGCCAGGAUUUGGGGCUGGAGCCACGGCAGAUCAAGUUCUGGUUCCAGAACAAGAGGACUCAGAUGAAGGCACACCACGAGAGGACCGAUAAUUGCACUCUCCGUGCCGAGAAUGACAAGGUUCGUUGUGAGAACAUUGCGAUGAAGGAGGUUCUCAAGAACGCCAUCUGCCCAUCCUGCGGCGGGCCACCGACCAAUGAAGACUCCUCUGUCAUUGAGCAGGAGCUUCGGAUGGAGAACGCCCGAUUGAAGGAAGAGCUUGAUCGUGUCUCAAGCUUUGCAUCUAAAUAUCUAGGAAGGCCUAUUACCCAACUUCCUUUGGACCAGCCAUUGGCAAUGUCUCCACCAGAUCUGUCAAUGCGGGGUUACAGUAAUCACGGGCCUAGCUCCUCCGUUCAUCUUGAUCUUCUCUCUGGAAGUUCAUCUACUGUCAUUCCAUUUCCUUUUCCUGCAGCAGUUUCAGAGAUUGAGAAACCUGUUAUGCUGGAUUUGGCGACCAGGGCGAUGGAAGAAUUGAUCAAGUUAGUGCAGACAGAUGAACCCCUCUGGGUGAAGGUUGGGCAUGAUGGGAGGGAGGUACUUCAUCUGGAAACCUAUGAAAGGAUCUUCCCAAGGCCUGGCCAGCAGUUCAAGUACCUCGAUUUCCAUUCUGAGGCCUCAAGGGAUUCUGGUGUGGUGACUAUGAAUUCCACAUCAUUGGUCGAUAUGUUCACCGAUGCGAGCAAGUGGGCAGAGCUAUUUCCUACUAUUGUUUCUAAUGCAAAGAACAUCGAAGUACUUGCGACUGGAAUUGCAGGCAGUAAGAGUGGAACAUUGGUUCUGAUGUACGAGGAACUACAGGUUCUUUCACCAGUCAUUCCUACCCGUGAAUUCUGCUUCCUGCGCUACUGCCAUCAAAUUCAAGAGGGUCUGUGGGCAAUUGUUGAUGUUUCGGUGGACUACCCUGGAGAGAAUCAGCUGGCCUCUCAAUCGUGGAGGCUUCCUUCUGGCUGCUUGAUUCAGGGCAUGCCCAAUGGCUGCUCUAAGGUAAAUUGGGUCGAACACAUGGAGGUUGAUGCGAAGAACCGGAUCCAUCAACUUUAUAGGAAUCUAGUACAUAGUGGAAUGGCAUUUGGAGCGCAGCGUUGGCUCUCCACCCUACAGAGGAUGUGCGAGAGGUUUGCAUGCUUAAGGGUGACUGGAAUUUCAAGUAGAGACCUUGAAGGAGUGAUUCCUGGACCUGACGGGAAAAGGAGCAUGAUGACGCUUGCCCAGAGAAUGGUGAACAAUUUCUGUGCCCGUAUUACUGCAUCCAACAACCACGGACACGUAUGGACCAAUCCCUCAGGAUUCACUGAUGUUGGCAUCCGUCUCACCGUUUACAGAAGUCCAGGUCCUUCCGACUACCCAAGUGGCCUCAUCCUUAGUGCAACAACCUCUAUAUGGUUACCUCUACCAUCACAGAGGGUCUUCAGUUACAUCAAAGAUGCAAAAACUCGAGCUGAGUGGGAUGUUCUCUCCAAUGGCAAUUCAGUGCAGGAGGUUGCACGUAUCACAAAUGGUUCGCAUCAAGGGAACUGCAUUUCUAUGCUUCGUACUCUCAAUUCUAGCCAGAGCAACAUGUUGAUACUCCAAGAGAGCUGCAUUGAUGCAUCUGUCUCACUCACAGCCUAUGCUACCGUCGAUCUACCAUCCCUCGAUAUGGUGAUGAGUGGCGUAGACCCAUCAAAAAUACCACUUCUGCCAUCUGGCUUCGCGAUAUUGCCCGAUGGACAACCCAAUGGGGAAGGGGCCUCUACCAGCUCAAAUCCUAUGGGAGUUGCCUCAGGUUCACUGGUCACUGUGUUAUUUCAACUCCUUGUAAGCAGCUCGCCCUCUGCCAAACUGGAUAUUGAGACAGUGACAACCAUCACUCAAUUAAUCAAUGCCACAGUGCAGCAAAUAAAAGUUUCCUUGAACUGUCCCAGUAUCUGAUAGUUGAAAAGAAUGCAAUCCGUUUUCACUUUCACCCACCACCAUCCUCCUUAACUGCAGCACAUCUGAUGAGCUUGGAAGCCCCUCGAAGUGGGCAUUCAAGAGGGGAUUUACUUGGCUAAUUCUUUUUGCUUUCUUUCUGUUGGUUGGCCUUGAACGCCGCCAACCAAAGCUUGAACUUGAAUUUCAAAUAAUGCUGCUGCUGCCAGCUGCAAUACAAAAAAGUUUUUACAGUAAUCAGUCAGCCUUUGAUCAAUAAGUCUUUAACAGAGGAGUCAAGAACGCACCAUUGCUGCUGCUCAUCCUGUGCUGUUAUGACUAUUGCUUGGUCUUCAGGUUCUUUGUUUGGUCUGUUUCGCUUCUUACCUCCUUUAGUUCCAUUCUGAACUUCUUUCAUGCAGCAAGGGGUAGUGGUUUGGGUAUUGACUUCUGUUGAUGAACAUUUCUCAUAAGAAUUUACUUUUGAAAAGAGAUUAAAUGAUAAAGAGACUAUCUUUUUUAUUACCUUGGUGUUAUUUGCAUUCUCUGGUUCUUUAGCUUGAGCUGUGGUAACAGAAAACAUUGAGUUUGCUAUUGUUCCCUAAGGCAAUAUUUGGUUAUGGAAUAGAUUUCGGAAAAGAUAUCUCUUGUUCUGUUUUGAGGAAUAGGCCUAUUCAGCAGAAUAGGAGGGUUUUGAUGUUUGGUUGGAGGAAUAACUGCAGAGAAUAUUUGGAAAUAAUAAUAUGCAUUAAUGCGUAUGGAAUUUCGAGACAUUUUUUCCACUCAAAAAAAAAAA